AGAAGAUGAACAUCUGCAACAAACCUCCUAAUAAGACAGCUCCAGAAAAGGCGGGUGAAGCAACUGCUGAGGUCCAAUCUCAGCAUGCCCGAAGGAAUGGCUGGAGCUGGCCUCUACAUCCCUUCCAGGUUAUUGCCUGGCUGUUAUAUCUCUUCUUUGCUCUGAUUGGUUUCGGAAUCCUUGUGCCUCUCUUGCCUCACCACUGGGUGCCUGCUGGAUACAUUUGUCCAGGAGUGUUUUUUAUCUGCCACCUAGUGGUUCAUUUCACUGCAGUCUCCAUUGAUCCAGCUGAUGCCAAUGUGCGAGAGAAUAAGUACCUAGGAAAGCUGGCCACUUUCAGCCGUAACCAACAUGCUCAUGUCAUCGAAAACCGUCACUGCCAUGUCUGUGAUGUGGAUGUAAGCUCCAAGUCGAAACACUGUGGAACCUGCAACAAGUGUGUAUGUGGCUUUGAUCACCAUUGCAAAUGGCUCAAUAACUGCGUGGGGGAGAGGAACUACUGGCUCUUUCUGAACAGCGUGGUAUCUGCCAUCCUGGGCCUCGCCCUCCUGUUGCUCAUUGCAUUCUAUGUCUUUGUGGAGUUCUUCAUUAACCCCAUGAUGCUGCGCACCAACCAGCACUUGGAAGUAUUAAAGAACGACACGGACAUCUGGUUUGUGUUUCUACCUGCAGCACCCAUCGAGACCCAAGCUCCUGCCAUUUUGGUCUUAGCUGGGAUUCUCAUUCUUCUGGGCCUGCUGACUGUGAUCCUGUUAGGGCACCUGCUGAUCUUUCACAUCUAUCUUAUGUGGAACAAACUGACCACCUACGAGUACAUUGUGCAGCAGCGUCCCCGACAAGAGAUGAAAGAGGUCAACAAACAGCUGGAGUCUUGUCCUCCCCCAGUGAGACCUACUCAGGAGGUGGAUUUUUAUGCAGGAAAACUUGGCUACACCAACCCUGAGAUACAAGUGGAAGACUCGUCAACAGUAACAUCAGGCAGAAACCUUUCAAAGUUUGGUGUCCACAGUAGUGGAGCAGACCCCGAGCUCAACUCUUCUCCUGAGCUCCCAGCUCUUCAGUCCAUAGUCCACACCCAGCAGCAGAAGAAGAGGAAGAAGAAGAAGGUGCAUAAGGUUACAUCCUCAGACAUGGAUGAAAAAUCCAAGACAAGCAGUCAGCCCAGGUGCCCUCUCCCAGCUACCCAAACAGAAUUUUCAGCCACUGCUACCAUCUCAUCAUCCUCCCACAGCCUUCAUCUCCCUAUGCCAGCUUUCCCUCACAGAGCUGCUAUGCCUGCAAGCAGCAUUGGCCAUGUCCAGGCAGCUGGACCUCCUGUUGAAUACCACUCAGAGUCUGCAGAGUCCAUGGAUGAGAUCCCUGUGGCUCAGACCCGCCUCGGGAGCGCUUCCCCUAUGAGGGCUUCCAACAAAAGCCUUAACAACUUUCACCAUCAUUCCUUGUCCACAGCACAUGCCAGAGGUGAUGGGGAGAAGAAUCUAUAUCCUGGGCACCUGCUAAAAAGGAAAAGGUGCCAGAGAGCCAGUGAUGGGCAACAAGAGCUGGAACUGCUCUCUAAGAUACCUGCUGUGUUUGUGAGUGAGAGCAGUGGUGAGCCUCUAGUCCAACCUGGUGAGUUAGCAUCCAAGCCCCAUCACAGGAAGUGCACUAGCAAACAGCGUGUGGAUGAGCAGGACCCACCCUUGUGGGACAUGAGGACAAACACAAGAGCAGCUUAGGCAUACUCCUUCCAAAGCUUACUUUCCAGGAUUUUGUCUUCAAGGGAAGGGAAAGGAGGUUGCUCACUCCACAAACAUGUUGGUGUCCAAAGAUUUCAGAUUCUUUGAUGGAAAGAUUCUUCUUUCCAGCAGACCAAGCUGCAGAGCAGAAGGAAACCUGUUAUGCCACCUUCCUGACUGCUGCCUGCUUCAAGAUCAUCAGCAUGUGCAUCAGAGCAGGGUGAGAUGUUAGCAACUCAGCUUCCUUCCCAUUACCCUGGGGAAGCAGUGAGUGUCCUUGGGGCAUAGACUGCAAUAUGGGGACUUCAGGUGUUCCCCAAUGUCCUGGAGAGCCCAGACCCAAACUGUGGUCACCACCAGACUGCAAAGAGACAUUUAUUGCUGCCCCACCAGAAGCAAGAGUUACCAUGGUGACAGACCAGAGAAUUCUGCUUACCUUGGCACAUUACUAUGGGAUACUAUGGAAAUCUGCUUCCCCUAGGCAGCGGGACACUACCUCUCCAACUGAAACUUGUGCUGACUCCACCAACAUCCUGGCCUUCUGGAAAGUUGUUUGCCAUUAAUGUUGUUACAUGGUUUAUGUGUGAAAGAGGGGAGCAUUGAGCCCAGAUAUCUGAGGAUUGGUUUCUAACCAUCUCUAUGUAUUGGCUUAACUUGUGAAGAAUGUGUAUUGGGAUGGUUUUACCCCUCAGAGGGUUGAGUGACCCAUAUGUGCUAGCCACUGAAAUUAACAUGCUUAAAUCUCCCAAGAGGUAAUUCCUAUUAUCUCAGUCCAGAAUGCAGCUUCCCUCUUCUAUACUGCCCAAUAGUAACAAGGGUCUUUGAGCGUGAUGGGCAGCACAUGUGUGCGUGUGUGAGCAAUACCUGUAGGGCACUCAGCCUGGUAGCAGGGAUAGAGCCAUCAUACCACUGGAGUAUCACUGCUAGGUAAUGCCCUUGUAGCAUUGUUUCCACUUCUUUCAUCUGUCAUUGUCUAUAUCUGUCAUCUAGGUGAAAUUCACCUUGUGCAAACUUGGCUUGAAAUGAUCAGAAGGCUGAUUACUCCCAUUGGCCUGGAAAGGGCUGGAAAAUUCUCUCAAACAGUAGCCACUGAAUCACAACUUAUUCCUUUUUGUUCCCUCCUCAUGCAACAAUAUUCUGAGUCUUGUUGUGUGGAGCUCCAUAAUUAGUUCUGUCCACAAUAAAAAUUUUCUAUGACCUUUGCUAA